CACGAUAUGACGCCCCGACGCUAUUGGUCGAUAACUCAAUCGCUAGGUCGCUAGUGUUUACGUAUCGUAAUCGCAGUUGCAUAAUGUUAAUGAAAAACCAGUUUCUACAAUGAUAAACGAUGGCUUUGGCAAACAAGAAUUAUGUCAAUGCGCGUUUCCGUUUUCUAUAAGACAUGUCGCAUUCCAACCUGCUCGUGAUAGGCAUUAGUGGAGUUACGUGUGGCGGUAAAACCACCACCGCAAGUGAAAUAAACAAAAUCUUUCCGGGCAGCAAGAUAUUCUCGCAAGAUGAUUACUUUUGGCCGGUUAAUGAUCCGAGACACGUGUGGAUUCCUGAACUAAACCACAUCAACUUCGAUAUAUUGUCCUCGCUCGACAUGGAAGGCAUGUACAACGACGUGAGGAGGUACAUUGGCUCCAACAAAACGUCGAAAACGAGAAAGCAUACUAUAAACUAUUUAAAUGGCACGGAUUGCGAUUUAAGGAAGCAGUGUUUUGAAAAGACAAAAGACGUUCGUAUCGUCAUCGUUGAAGGCUUUUGUAUAUUUAAUUAUCGGCCACUGACUGAAGUCUUUGAUUUGAAGUACUACUUCACGCUUGACCGAGACGAAUGUUAUCGGAGGAGGGUGCAACGCGUAUAUGAACCCCCAGACUGUCCAGGGUACUUUGAACGGUGCGCCUGGGUCGAACAUCUUAAACAACUGGAAGAAGUACAAGAAACAGUCGAAAACGUUGUGUAUUUUAAUGAAAAAAACAAAAAUCCUGUAGAUACUAUUUUGCGAGAUAUUCUUAACAUUCUGUAGUUUUCACUGUAUCCUACAUUCCGCCGAAUAUUAGAGCAUUUGAUCAGUGGCACGGAUAAAAUAAAGUAUUUUCGUUUG